CUCACCGGGUAACAAAUGGUGCGCACCUACCGUCAGCGUGACGCGCAGGAAGCGCAGCUGUGGCUGGACAUCCAUAGAGCGGACGUUAGAUCAGCUCAUGUGUCUGGCGCCCACUGGGAGGAGAACUGCACAGUUUGGGUGAAGUAAAGUUUCAGCUGACUGACCACUGUCCUCCCCCCGCUGUGCACCAGCUCAGGGAUGGCUCCGCCUAUUGAUGACGUCAUGCGCCUGUGCUGUGAGCUGUCAGCUCAUGAUCAGAUCAAAGUGGCGGUGAAAAGCUCCGCCAAAGGAGCGGCUGUGGCGGGGGGCACCGCUUUUGUCGGGGGGCUGCUCGGUGGACCUGCAGGGAUUGCUGUUGGUGGGGCAGUGGGGGGUCUGUUGGGCAGCUGGUUAACCAGCGGUCAGUUCAGGCCUCUGCCUCAGAUCCUGAUGGAGCUGCCGCCGAAUCAGAAGGAGCAACUCUACGACAAUAUAGUUCGUGUGCUGGGCAGCCUGGACUGGAUGGACGCAGCCCAGCUCAUUUCACUGGUCAUGGGCAACGCCACACUUCAGCAGCAGGUCACCGCUGCCCUCCUCAGCUUCGUCACAAAGGAACUCAGAGCUGAAGUGCAGUACGGUGACUGAGCUGUGGCUCAACAUGGCCCUGCCAAACUCAAGCCAAGGCCUUUAUGGUGGUGGAUACUGGUGUUUUCCUGGACACGCUGGAAAUAAUGGGUGCCUCAACCUUUGCUUUUAUUUAAGUAUUGUAUGAAACAAUAAUCAUGUUUUUUGUACAAACCAAAUUAGUUUUCAUGUUUUAUACGCUGUACAGUCAUUCAUUCGCCCACCUUCCCUAUUUUAAGCUGUGCUGCCUUUAUUUAACAUUUUUAUUUAGUGUUCAAAGUUAAAAUGUUAAACGUUAUAAACUAAUAAGUUAAAUCACCCUAAAUAGGCUGGGCUAAUAUGGGUUCCUCACCUCAAGUAAAAAACAAAACCAGAAUUUACACCAAAGUUAUACGACUUGUGGAGGGAGUUAAAAAUUAGGGUGAUGGCAAAAGGCCUUCCACCCGCAAAGCUCCUCACCAAAACCAAAUCAUCAAAAUACUGGAGAAAACAUGCAGAAACCGGGUCAGCGAUUCUAAGAAAGGUCUGACUGUUGUCAAGAUUUUAACAUUGAUUAUUGAUAAAUGUAUAUAUCUUUUUUUAAAUAAUUUCUUUUACAUUUCUGAAUAAAACCUAAAUAAAACUUUUUUGUGAAAAUGA